GAGGCCCGAGCUGUCCCAGGGUGCUUCGCGCGGCGUGCACUCCGGUCGCUGCCGCCAUCCUUCUGGCGAAAGAGAGGAGAGAGACAGAGAGGCCCGCCCGCUAGCCGGCCCGGCCAGUGUGGGCCAGUGCGUGAGGGCGCGGGGGGCCGUGUCAGCGCGACGCAGAGCGCAGCCGCCACCGCCAAACGGACAUGUUGGAGCCCCGCGCUGCCGCCACCUCCCAUCCCUCUUCCAGCGCACGGGACUGAGCUGGGGCCCGCCGCCUCUGCCUGCGCUCGACCGGCCCAGCCUUGCCGCCUCGGCCGCAGCCCCUUCCUGCUCGGCCUCGGCCUCCGCCGCUCGUCGCCUCCUGUCCUCCUCCCCCCACGCCCUAGGGCCCUGCCGGCUCCCGGCCCUACUCAGCUGCGGCUCGAGGUCUAUGUGACCGGCGGACCCGGAGCAGCCGCCGCCGCAACGCGAACAUGGACGCCGUCAACGCCUUCAACCAGGAGCUCUUCUCACUAAUGGAUAUGAAACCUCCUAUCUCUAGAGCCAAGAUGAUUCUCAUUACUAAAGCUGCUAUUAAAGCUAUUAAGCUUUAUAAGCAUGUUGUUCAAAUAGUAGAAAAGUUCAUCAAAAAGUGUAAGCCAGAGUACAAGGUUCCAGGCCUGUAUGUCAUCGACUCUAUCGUGAGACAGUCUCGGCACCAGUUUGGAACUGAUAAAGAUGUUUUUGGGCCAAGAUUCUCUAAAAAUAUAACUGCUACAUUCCAGUAUUUAUAUCUUUGUCCAUCUGAAGAUAAGAGUAAAAUAGUUCGUGUGCUAAAUCUUUGGCAAAAAAAUGGAGUGUUCAAAAUUGAAAUUAUUCAGCCUCUUUUGGACAUGGCAGCAGGAACCAGUAACGCUGCACCGGUAGCAGAGAACGUCACCAACAAUGAAGGGUCACCUCCACCCCCAGUAAAAGUCUCUUCUGAACUUCCACAAGCUCCCACCAACUCCAUGCCUACUGUACCACAGCUGCCCAGCUCUGAUGCCUUUGCUGCUGUUGCUCAGCUGUUUCAGACAACUCAAGGCCAGCAGCUUCAGCAGAUCCUUCAGACUUUUCAACAACCUCCAAAACCACAGUCUCCCGCCCUUGACAGUGCUGUGAUGGCUCAGGUUCAGGCUAUCACAGCUCAGUUAAAGACAGCUCCUACACAGCCACCCGAGCAAAAAACUGCAUUUGACAAGAAGCUGCUUGACAGAUUUGACUAUGAUGACGAGCCAGAGGCUGUGGAAGACUCAAAGAAAGAGGACACGGCUCCCAUCACCACCACAGCCCUUGCCACGGCUGCGCCUCCUGCGCCCACCUCAGCCAUACCUGCUAGUGCUCCUGCUGGGCCUGUGCCCUCUGCUACCUCGCCCCCUCCUCCACAGGCGCCAUUUGGGUACCCUGGAGAUGGCAUGCAGCAGCCAGCAUACACACAGCAUCAAAAUAUGGACCAGUUUCAACCUCGAAUGAUGCCAAUGCAGCAAGAUACGAUGCACCACCAGGUUCCACUUCCUCCUAAUGGACAGAUGCCAGGAUUUGGGCUUCUUUCUGCACCACCUCCAUUUCCUCCCAUGCCUCAACCUGCCAUGGCACAGCCUGGGAUGCCACAGCCCGGGAUGCCUCAGCCUGCUAUGGCACAGCCCGGGAUGGCACAGCCUGGGAUGCCUCAGCCUGCCAUGGCACAGCCUGGGAUGCCUCAGCCUGCCAUGGCACAGCCUGGGAUGCCACAGCCUCCUAUGGCACAGCCUGGGAUGCCACAGCCUCCUAUGGCACAGCCUGGGAUGCCUCAGCCUGCUAUGGCACAGCCUGGGAUUCCUCCAACUCCACCAGUACAGCCAACUUUCCAACCAACUUUUCAGCCACAAAAUGAGCCCCAUUCACAAAAGCCACAUCAGCAGGAAAUGGAAGUAGAGCAGCCUUGUGUUACAGAGGUUAAGCGGCAUGUGCCCGAGAGCAGAAAGUCGAGAUCCAGGUCAGCAUCCAGGUCACCAAAGAGGAGGAGAUCUAGGUCUGGCUCUAGGUCUCGGAGAUCCCGCCACCGUCGGUCUCGGUCCCGGUCAAGGGAUAGGCGUCGGCACUCACCUCGCUCUCGAUCUCAGGAAAGACGGGAUCGAGAAAAAGAGAGGGAGCGGCGGCAGAAAGGCCUCCCUCAGAUCAAGUCAGAAACUGCGAGUGUUUGUAGUACCACACUGUGGGUGGGCCAACUGGACAAAAGGACUACUCAGCAGGAUGUUGCCAGUCUCCUAGAAGAGUUUGGUCCAAUUGAAUCAAUUAAUAUGAUUCCUCCAAGGGGUUGUGCCUAUAUUGUUAUGGUUCAUAGACAAGAUGCAUACCGUGCCCUGCAGAAACUGAGCCGAGGAAACUAUAAAGUGAACCAGAAAUCCAUAAAGAUUGCCUGGGCUUUAAACAAAGGAAUAAAGGCAGAUUAUAAACAGUAUUGGGAUGUUGAACUUGGUGUUACUUACAUUCCAUGGGACAAAGUCAAAGCUGAAGAGCUGGAGAGUUUCUGUGAAGGAGGCAUGUUGGACAGUGACACACUUAACCCAGAUUGGAAAGGCAUCCCCAAGAAGCCUGAAAAUGAAGUUGCCCAGAAUGGAGGUGCAGAAGCCUCCCACACAGAACCAGUGUCACCCAUACCUAAGCCUGUGCCUGUGCCUGUCCCUCCCAUUCCUGUUCCUGCACCUAUAACAGUGCCACCUCCACAGGUCCCACCACAUCAGCCGGGCCCUCCUGUUGUUGGUGCUCUCCAGCCGCCUGCUUUUACGCCUCCCUUAGGAAUCCCCCCUCCAGGCUUUGGCCCUGGUGUUCCUCCUCCUCCUCCUCCACCACCAUUUUUGCGCCCAGGAUUCAACCCAAUGCAUUUACCACCAGGUUUUCUUCCUCCUGGACCCCCACCUCCUAUAACUCCACCAGUAUCCAUUCCUCCACCUCACACUCCACCACUAAGCAUCCCAAACUCUACUAUCGCUGGUAUAAAUGAAGACACUACAAAAGACUUAUCUAUUGGAAAUCCCAUUCCAACAGUGGUGUCUGGGGCUAGAGGAAAUGCCGAGUCUGGUGACAGUGCGAAAAUGUAUGGUUCUGCUGGGCCACCUGCUGCACCCACGAAUCUGCCCACUCCUCCUGUUACCCAGCCUGUUUCACUGCUUGGCACUCAAGGCGUUGCCCCCGGUCCUGUAAUUGGGCUUCAGGCACCCUCUACUGGUCUUCUUGGUGCCAGACCCGGCCUGAUCCCACUCCAGCGCCCCCCAGGGAUGCCUCCACCACAUUUGCAACGGUUUCCUAUGAUGCCACCUCGGCCCAUGCCACCUCACAUGAUGCACAGGGGUCCGCCACCAGGACCAGGGGGCUUUGCUAUGCCCCCACCUCAUGGAAUGAAAGGGCCCUUUCCACCACAUGGCCCCUUUGUUAGGCCUGGUGGAAUGCCAGGGCUUGGGGGCCCAGGGCCAGGCCCAGGAGGAUCAGAAGACAGAGAUGGAAGGCAGCAACAACCACAGCAGCAGCAGCAGCAGCAGCCCCAGCCUCAGCCCCAGCAGCAGCAGCAGCAGCAACCGCAGCAGCCACCACAGCAGUCACCAUCCCAGCAGCCAGCACCGUCCCAGCCACCAGCGCCAGCCCAGCAGCAGCCACAGCAGUUUAGAAAUGAUAACAGGCAGCAGUUCAACUCAGGUAGAGACCAAGAAAGGUUUGGAAGAAGAUCUUUUGGAAGUAGGGUGGAAAAUGACCGGGAACGGUAUGGGAGCCGUAAUGACGAUAGAGAUAAUAGUAACCGUGACAGGAGAGAGUGGGGAAGGAGGAGCCCUGACCGGGACAGACACAGAGACUUGGAAGAGAGAAGUAGACGCUCUAGUGGGCAUCGGGACAGAGACAGGGAUUCUAGAGAUAGAGAGUCCCGUAGAGAGAAGGAAGAAAAUCGAGGAAAGGAGAAGCACGAGGUAGCAGAUAGGGCAGGUGGUAACAAAGCUGUCGAACCUCCCCUUAGCCAAGUGGGAAAUACAGACACUGUUUCAGAACUUAAUAAGGGGGAGGCCAUGGCCACGGUGGUAAAACCUGAAGAGUCACCUGCUGAGGCUACCUCAUCCGUUGAACCUGAGAAGGAUUCUGGCUCAGCAGCAGAGGCUCCUCGCUAGAGACUGGAUUUGACAGAAUGUGACAGUGACACUUGGGUGUAGAACGUGAGGUGUACAGAUGCUGUAUAAUAUUUGCUCCUGCUGCAUCACCCCACAGUAGUCGGUGGGGAUUGUAAGCAAUCUGAUUGCUUUCCUUCUAUUUAAAAAUAGCCACAAAAUAACAAAAAUACUGAAGAUAUAUUACCCUUUUUUUGCUGUAACUUUUUAAAAGUUUUGACUUUUAAAAGUUUACAAAUCCUAAUUAGAAGUGCUCUCUAUUUUUUUUUUUUUUUAAUUUAAGACAAGGUAACGGUGAAAAGCUCCUCAAACAAUAGGGAUGUUUUUAAUAAACUCUAUUUUCGUAACAAA